GACACGAGCCGCCGAGUCCUGAUGGUCUCCCCGGGAAGAAGAAGCUAAAACCUCCUGCAACUACCUCCUCCAUCCGGGCUGGAGAACUCUCCGCUUUCCUUUGACGUCAUCCAAAGAAACACCCAGAAGGAGACUUUUUUGCACUUUUUGUGUUUUUCUUUUUGCACUGACGAUGCACAGCACGCAGAAGGACACCACCUACACCAAGAUCUUCGUAGGAGGUCUUCCUUACCACACCACCGACUCCAGUCUCAGGAAAUACUUUGAGGUGUUCGGGGAGAUCGAGGAGGCGGUGGUCAUCACCGACAGGCAGACCGGAAAGUCUCGGGGAUAUGGAUUCGUGACGAUGGCGGAUCGUUCCGCAGCGGAUCGAGCGUGUAAAGAUCCCAAUCCCAUCAUUGAUGGCCGGAAAGCCAACGUCAACCUGGCAUACCUGGGAGCUAAACCUCGCCUCAUGCAGCCAGGUUUUACUUUUGGAGUCCCCCACAUUCACCCAGCUUUCAUCCAAAGGCCUUAUGGCAUCCCCGCCCACUACGUGUACCCUCAGGCCUUCGUGCAACCCAGCGUGGUCAUCCCUCACGUGCAGCCCGCCGCCACCGCCGCCGCUCCUCCUGCCGCCGCGUCCUCCCCUUACAUCGACUACACUGGAGCGGCCUACGCGCAGUACUCGGCCGCCGCCGUCAGCGCCGCGGCUGCCGCCGCGUACGAGCAAUAUCCCUACGCGGCCUCCCCUGCUGCCGCUGGGUACGUGGCCACCGCCGGGUACGGCUACGCGCUCCAGCAGCCUCUAGCCGCCGCUGCCACCCCGGGUUCGGCCGCCGCUGCCGCCGCCGCCGCCUUCGGCCAGUACCAGCCACAGCAACUGCAAGCUGACCGCAUGCAAUAGCGGUCGCUGCCAACGGUGGGGCGCACAGGAAGUGGAUGCUGAUUGGUCGAUUAUGAUGAUGAUGAUGGUGAGGUGGCAACUUUUUUAACUUGCUGUGCUUCAACCAAAAACUAAGAAAUACGAAAGGAAGUACUUCUACAAAUACAGGAAGUGAGAAUCCCGUUGCUGUCUUUAACGUUUGUCACACACUGACAGCUCGCCUUGUCCUGGCUGGACCUUUCUGAUAAUCAGGGAAAUGUUUGCAGCGUGACCUCUUGUCAGGAACCACCUUGGAUUAAUGCUGAAACCCCGCCCCCACACCCCCAGCACGUUUCUCCAACGUAAAGCAAACACGAAAAGUGGAAAUGUCAUCAAAGAGCUUUCAAUGACAGGAAAUAAGAACGCAAAGGGGACACAGUGUUGUUGUUGUGCUGGUGGGGGAUGUGGGGAUGUGGGAGGGUGUGAGUCGAGGUGGCUGUCGGACUGUGAACCCCCACCACCUGCAUCCCCCCAGCGCCACCCAGACGGAUCACUCUGGAAACUGGUUUGUCGAGCUGUCACAUUCUAAUCUCUCCCCCCCCCUCCAAAAAAAAAAAUGGUGGGGGCAAGUUUACAGCCCACCGCCCAAUAUAGAGGCCCCACCCCAGCCCCCAGUCGCUGGGCCAUGUCAGCACUUCCACCUCCUGCAAAUCUACCCGGCAACCGCCUGCCUCAAGCGUGCCUGACUUCCUGUUUCACUGCUAUUUAAAACAUCCAGUAUUUAAAGUAUUUAUUUUUCUGGACUAGUAGUGGCGGUACUGUAUUCAUAAUAUUACUGUGUACUCAUCUCAAGGCAUAUAUACGACAUAACUUAUUGAUUAGCUUUAGUUUUAAUAUUAUUAUUAUUAUAUAUUAACAUACUCAACCAAAAAAAACCAACCAAGAUUUAGUAGCUAUUUAAGAUACAUGCACUGUACUUUUAUUUUUAUUUUCAACUCUAGCUGGCGUUUUUUUUUUUUUUUGUAAAUGGAGGAAUUUAUUUAAAUCCAUGCAGGUUGUACUCAUCUGUGUAAAAAAAAUCAUUUUGACAAAAAAAAUGCUGCUUUUUCAGCUAGAAUGUAUGAAGUCGUCAGUAGCUGUGCUUACAGUAUUUUAUCCUUUGCUUCAUAUUCAUCCCAUGGGCUGUUUUACAAUGUUGGGAAUGUUUUUAUACUUGAACUAUUUCUUACAAGGGAAACGAGAGAAAUAAAUGACACACAUUUUUUAAAAAAAGAAAAGCUUUUCAUUGUCACUGGAUGAAAACAUGUCAAGUGUUUCUAUUUCUAUGCAAAAACUUUUAUUUUACUCCAAAUUGGAAUAAAAUGUUCUAUAUUUCAAA